AAAUAUAUGGUAAACAUGGACGAAGAAGCGGAACCUCAAGCGCAGGCGCACAAUCUUCUUGGUCAGAACACGCGGCCAUCACCAAGACGAAAAGAUAAUGCUUUGACAAAAGCUUUAAGGUCAUGCUGCGUCGUCCCUCAGCGCUACGUCCUUGGUGUAAUGGGUCUUUUAGGAGUAUGUAAUGCAUACACAAUGCGUGUAUGCCUUAAUAUGGCAAUCACACAGAUGGUUAACAGGACCAAACCAGAUGCACCACACGGGAUGGAUAUAUGUCCUAGUGAUGAUGAAUUAAGUGGCAAGAAUUCUACGCAUCAUGUUAAUCCUAACGCAAUAUUCGACUGGGACGAACAAACACAAGGUCUUAUCCUCGGCGCUUUCUACUACGGCUACGCGGCAACACAAGUUCUUGGUGCUUACUUAGCAGAGAAAUAUGGGGGCAAAUGGACUCUUGGUAUUGGUCUUCUCAGUACUGCCCUCUUUACAUUCAUUACACCGAAAGUUAUCAGAGCAGGUGGAGCUGUUUGGUUGUUCGUACUACGAGUUAUGGCUGGAAUGGGUGAGGGUCCUACUAUGCCAGCUCUGAUGAUCAUGCUGGCGCGGUGGGUUCCUCCACAUGAACGGGCAGUGCAAGGAGCUUUGGUUUUCGGUGGAGCUCAAAUUGGGAACAUAUUUGGGUCGUUCAUGUCCGGUAUCUUACUGGCAGACGACAGAGAUUGGGCAAAUGUCUUCUACUUCUUUGGUGGCUUCGGAUUGCUAUGGUUCGCAUUAUGGAGUCUUCUUUGCUACAGUACACCAAACACACACCCGUAUAUCAGUAAGAAGGAAUUAAAUUAUUUGAAUGCAAACGUCACUUCAGCUGACAACCAGGGAAUUAAAGAUCCAGUGCCUUGGAGGGCUAUUUUAACAUCUGCACCUGUUUGGGCUUUAGUUUGGGCCGCUGUUGGUCACGACUGGGGUUACUACGCUAUGGUUACUGAUCUUCCAAAGUAUUCACACGACGUUCUCAAAUUUAACAUUCAGACCACUGGUACCCUCACCUCUUUGCCGUAUAUUGCCAUGUGGGUUGCCUCUUUCAUAUUUGGAAUCGUAUGCGACAUUUGCGUUAAAAAAGGAUGGCAUACCAUCAAGACUGGAAGAAUUAUUCAUACUACUAUUGCUGCUACCGGACCGGCCAUCUGCAUUAUUCUGGCAUCAUACGUAGGUUGCGAUAGAAAUGCGGCAAUGGCGUACUUUGUGCUGUCAAUGGCUCUUAUGGGAGGUUUCUACAGUGGAAUGAAGGUGAACGCACUAGAUCUUGCACCAAAUUAUGCCGCCUCAUUGACAUCUCUUGUUAAUACAACGUCCACACUCAUCGCCGGCAUCGGUGUACCCUACAUUAUUGGGUAUUUAACACCUAAUCAAACCUUAGUGGAAUGGCGAGUAGCAUUCUGGGUAUGCUUCGCUGUCCUUGUUGGCACAAAUAUUAUCUACAUCAUAUGGGCGGACGGUGAACAGCAAUGGUGGGACGACGUCAGAAAAUAUGGACACCCACCCGGUUGGAAACAUAAACCUCUCAUCCCUUGGCAAGAAAAAAAAGAAGAGACAAUAAAUCUUAAUGAUGAGAAGGAUAGAGAUAAAGAGUGAUCUUUCCAACAUUCAUAAUAAUGUAAAACUAGAAGGCAAUUGGUAACGAAGAUAUUGAGAGGUUCCUCAAGGAACCAUGUCGAGACCAACAUUAUUUAACAGUGAUUUGAUUUGGGACGGAAACGCAAACUGUUGUAAAAUCGUUGUUAACGUUAU